AAGCACCAUUCACUAUUUAUCCUUUUAUCCGUGACCCUGACGUGAAAGAUCGGCAUCGAACAGACUUGCACGUGAAGUCGACUCGGAAUCCACGUGGAUACAACCCUCGUCUAAUAACCAUGAAGCGCUAUAAAAACGAAGGCCCUCUGCUCCUGGAUCUACCACGCAUUUUCUAUAUUUCUCUGCUUCUAUAACAAUGAACGCUGCUGUUCUCAUCGCUGGCGCUGGACCUUCAGGCCUUGCUCUGGCACUCGCGUUACUUCAGAAUGGCGUCUCCGUUCGAGUCGUAGAAAAGGUGCCUACGUAUCGGGUUGGCCAGAGGGGCGCUGGUGUUCAGCCUAGGAUCCUUGAGUUAUACAAGUUCCUCGGUAUUUUGGCCGAUAUUAGGAAAAAGAGCGUAUUCCUCUCGCCUAUAAUGUAUUAUCUUCCGGGGGGCGAGACGAAGACCACUGAGAUAAUGCCCUUCAUGCAGGACACCUCCGACCGACCUCACAUAAAUCCUGUUAUGUUAGGCCAAGACCGACACGAGGAGAUAUUGCGUGAACAUCUGGCCAGAUAUGGUGUUACAGUCGAGUUGGGCACCGAGCUCGUGUCAUUUGAACAAUUCCCCGAUCGAGUGACUCGUGAUAGGCAACAGUCUGAAGACUCCAUUGAGAGUCAAUGGCUCAUCGGAACCGAGGGCGCUCACAGUGUUGUGCGUAAGAUGCUGGGCUUGACGUUCCUCGGAGAGACGCGUGAAGGAGAUCUUUUUGUUGUGGGGGAUAUCCAUAUCAAGAAUGGGUCGCUAGAUAAAGACCUAUGGCAUGUAUGGGGCGAAGCGGCCACGAAAAGCGUAACUGUUGUACCUGUUGAAACCAAGGGCAGCGACAAGUAUACCAUGCUUUUCAUGGGUCGCGAUUUAGCUGCGGCAGAAGCAGCAUCCGGCCGGGAGGGAUUUAUCAAGGCUUUCUAUGAUAUUACUGGACGCACCGAUGUCGAGUUUGGUGAUCUCAUCUGGGUAUCCACCUUCCAGCCCAACACUCGAAUGGUGAACAGGUUCGGUUCUGGAAGGGUGUUUGUUGCCGGAGAUUCCGCCCACGUCCACAGCCCUACUGGUGGUCAAGGACUUAACUCGGGUAUUCAAGAUGCCGUGAACUUGGCUUGGAAGCUCGCCCUUGUUCAAAAAGGCUUGGCUCCUCAGAGUCUCCUAGACAGCUAUUCCCAAGAGCGCAUCCCCGUCAUCGCAGCAAUGCUUGACAAGACCGCUGAACUUCUUACCCAGACCUUCACACCUGGAAAUGGCCAGACAAGUUGGACAAGAGGCUUCGAGCUUCGGCAACUAGGAGUUAAUUACCGUGGCAGUCCCAUCAUUAUCGAUGAAACUCCGGUCAAAAGUGAAGAGGCCAUUGACCCGUAUCGUUCAGGUGACGACGGUACCGUCCGAGGCGGUGAUAGAGCUCCCGACGCCCCCGGUCUCAUUUUCGCUAGCGACCCCAUGCGCAAGACGAGUCUCUUCGACAUCUUUGGCUCGUCAUACCACACAGUGCUCGUCUUCUCCGACGACAACACUGGAGUUUUGGAUGCGCUGAAGAGUUAUCCCGUAGGUCUCGUCAAGUCCGUGGUCAUUCUUCCUCAGAAGCCGACAGCUGUUAUUUCUGCUGACUACGUACUGGUGGAUGGUGAUGGAUAUGCGUACAAGCACUAUAAUAUGGCGGAGAAGAUCACCAAGGUAGUUGUAGUGCGGCCCGAUGGGAUGAUUGGUGGGCUCGUCCGCGGGAAGGACGGGUUAGAGCAGUAUUUUAGAGGGGUCCUGGUGUGAUCGAUAUAGGGUGCACCGGCCCAAUGGUAAAGUUGUAUAUAUUUCAUAAAUCACCUACCUCUCAUCGAUAGGAUUUGAACCUGAAUGAUCGAGGUGCCUUAAGUAGAAUCACAGAAGGGAAAGAGCAGGAGAUAAAAUUACAGUAAAACUGCAAGGGAAACCGCGUGCAUAGUAGGAUGGGCGAUGACUUUGUAUGCAGCGAGUUCGUUUGGAAUUCAGUUCUAGAUUUUGGAAGACGCGUUAUCUUACUG